GCUCGCACACAAGAAUUUCACUCACAUGUGCUGUACCAAUGUACCUGCACAUGUGAUGUGACAAUAAAAGUGAUUUGAUUUGAUUUGUUUCCUUUUCUCCUGGUUUCCAUUCUCUGUACUUCAUAAUUAAGUUUGGGUCAUCUCACGCUGGGUCUCCUCUGUCUCAGACAAACUGUUUUUGCUGCAGUGACUUUAAAACUGCUGCUUUCUGAUUGGCUGCCCCUUGUAAACAGAAGCUGGCUGGAGCUUCUGAGAUGACCAUAUAAGGGUAUACCCUCCCUCUGAUAUAAUACAGUCUCAGGUGUAGAAAAAACUGUCUGCAGAAGAGCCUUUGACUCACUUGUUCAUACAUUGACCAGUGUUUCAUAUAAACAUCCAUGGCUGGAACAGAAGAUACGUGAACAGAAAUUAGCAGAAAAAGAAUAAUGUGAUAAUUAUUACAUUUUAUUUUUUAAUAUUUAAAAAAAUGAGUCCUUAAUGAUUUUUCCAUGCUACCUUACAUUGGUGUCGUGGGUUUAAAAAUUUGACUUAACUCAAAAUUUUGAUUUAGUAAAUUGAAAUUUUGACUUGUGUACCUCACAAUUUUGGGAUCAAACUACCAACCUUCCAAUUAGCAGAUUAACUGCUCUAACACCUGAGCUACAGCCACUCUACCCCAUGCUAAUAUUGUUGCUAGCCAAAUCAUAAUGCUAGUGGAUUUCCAGAUUACUUCAGCAGUAUGACUGUUGACAUUUAAUAAUGUAAUCGGAUUAAGCAAAGGUCUGCAGUGGUUUGUUGCAGCAGAGUUGUAACAUGAAGGCAGUUUAUUCCUACAUUAGAAUGUAAAUGGUAACUUUGUAAGGGCAAAGAUGGAGGUUAGCACAACUUCCAGAGGGUACAAAAUCAGUUUAAAGGCUUAUUUUGAGACAAACCUCCAAACCUUUCAAUCACAUUUGACUGCUGAUGUUAUUUGUGUGGUUUUUAUGUCUCGGUGACCUCUGGAGUUACGGUUCAUUUAGAGAAAAGUCACAGGUAUAUAUCAGCCUUUUGUUUUUUAGUGAAGCAAGAACAAGGAUUGAUGUACACAACAUGGCUACAAGAUAUGCACUUUCAAUCAAAUAAAUAAAAUGAGAACUUACUAAACUUCUUUGUGUUAAGGUUUCACUGCAGUUUUGGUUUUCAUAAUCUUAAGGGUUUGAAAAUAAGAAAUAAAAUCGUUAUUUUAUUCCACCGUGGUUUGUUGCUGUGGUUAUAAGAUGACCUGCUCGUGAAGCGGGUACACGGAUAUUUAAAACUAAAUGUAAACCUCAAAUCUAAGGAAAAUAACCACAAACUAUAUCACAUGACUUCUCAAAGCUACUGGGAGCCUGUCAGGUAAGCGUCCGUGCUUCAACAACAUCACGUGAUUUCCUAUCACCGACUUCCCGCGGUGCUGCAUUCAUGACCGCCGGUCUAAUGAGAUCUCGUGAAGAGACGGCGUUAUAAACUGUAAAGAAAAAAAUAUCUAUAGAUAUAUAUUUGCUACACCCGAUUUCAGGGACGAUGUCCCGUUAAAUCAACUGUGACGGUAUAUUUUAUGGCGUCGGUCCGGUUGUAUUUAAUGCUAUGUGUCAAACGAAGUUUACACUUUAUGAUUUGUCAGACUGGUCAACAACAAACUCAAACCGACCGAGUGGGAAAUGUUUCUAAGUGUUGUUGCUGUGUCAUUGUUGGGUGUGAUGUCGCUUUGAUCAAAGGAACGGCACAGGAGCAGGAGAGAGUUCGCGAUUACCGGAGGUCCGUGAAGGCAGCGGGGCGGCAGCAGCGUGUUUCGGUCCUGUGACAGCGCUAACGGAAGCAUAUCGGGACGCUCACCGGGACAGGUAACACGCUCGGACUCAUUGAUCGGUUACUACCAGCCUGGAGCUUUGAUCUUUUACCAACACAGAGGGUGCUAGCCCGUUAGCCUGUUAGCCCGUUAGCCUGAGAUGAGGAGGAAUUUCCGGCGAGUGGGCGGUUUGAGAAAAACACGAAAACUUGAAUCUGCGGACCAGUGACGCUUCAUGGGGGCUUUAUCUCUCCGUAACAGAAAGGGAAAGCAACUGCUGUCUGUCCGUUGAGGUGCUGAUGGAAGCUCGGCAGAUGUGCUCCAGCUGUCAUGACCGCUCUCACCUGGAUGCUCUCAUGGCUGCCUCUGAUCCUGCCAGCUGUAGGUACCCUCCCAAAGCCCGUCAACAUCUCCCUGACAUCACUCAACUUCAGUUAUAUACUGAAAUGGGAGGCGGGACCAGGCACACCUCCAGGGGUCUACUAUAACGUUGAAUACAAAUCUGAGAGGAAACAUAGCUGGAACCCGGUGGCCGGCUGUGAGCGUGUGCAGAAGCCUCUGUUUUGUGACUUGACGGCGGCGUUCUCCGUCCUAACGGAGAAGUACUUAACAAGGGUUGGAGCUCAGCUGGGAGGCCAGGUCUUUGGAGACCCGAACGAGACCGAGGUCCCAUUCAAACCCAUCGAACACCUGAGCCUGCCGCUGCUUAGCGUGGCGCCCAGCGACAGAAGCCUGAGCGUGGAUCUUCACCCUCCGCUGGAGCGCCUCAGGCAGAGCUACGACAUUCUCCGUUACGAGCUCCGGAUCAGCAGCAGCAACCCGGAUAAGAUGGAGUUCAUCAAGACUGAGUCUCUGAAGAGCUAUAAGUGGGAUCGUUUGGAGCCCGGCAGGCGGUACUGUGUCGCCGUGCGAUUCUGCGACGAAAUCGAGGACAUGUACUCCAACUUCAGCCCGCCUGAGUGUGCUACAGUACCAGCCAUCUUCUCUGCAGACCCGCUGAUCUCGGGCAUGUUGUGCUCGUUGGUGAUCAUCGUCACGUUCUGCAUCUUCAUGCUGAUCUCGACCGGGUUCAUCUGUCCGAGACGGAGGCUGCUGCCGUCGGUUCUG